UAGAGGGCUAAAACUCAACUUUGUGAUGUCAUAGGGUAUAAAGCCUGGAGCUGCUCCAUGGACAAUGAAGUGGGAAAGAUCAUACAGGCGACACAGAGCACCCAGGGGAGUGUUCUGAAUAUAUGAGUACAUUUUCCUCAAGAGAAUAAAGCUCAUCUGGGUAUUAAUGGGUCCACGAAUCAGUCUCCCAUUCACUGAAGCAGCUCCAGACUUUAUACGCUAUGACAUCACAAGUUUGCAACUUACUCGUCUGGUGCUUUGAGAGAGAGUUGCUCAUGUUCACAAAUAGUGAUUGAACUUUCCAAGGCCGUGGAAAUAACAUACUGGAAUACAUAAUUUAGAUGGUGUUCCCCUUUAAUUCCCCAGAUCCACUUUGUUUGACCCAAUCCGACAGCAUCCAGUCAAGUUGCAAGAGAAAAGCAUGAAAACAUAAUGUUAGAUUACUGUGCGCCAGUUAGAAAAUAAAUGAUACCAAAGAUAAUUUCUUUCAUGCACAAAACUACACCAAUUACAUGUAAAACGCACGGGUCAGAAAUUACAGAGUUGCAACAACUUCAAACAAACUUAACAAAUAAAUACAAAUUUUAAAAAACACUGAUGAUUUUUGUAAAUUUAUUAUAUUGUUACUCUGUUGUUAAAAUGUCAUUACAUUUGGUGAAGAGCUCAUUUUGACUUGUUAAUGACUCAAAACUCAAGGAUUAAGACUAGGGACUUUACUUGGGACUUGAUUGCAGAGACUUAAGACUUGUGGCUUGCGAAACAAUGACUUCUAAUAGCCACCACUUCCACUACUGCUGCAUCACUGGCUCUGCAGGACAACAUGUAAGAGUGACCUCACAGUGUUUACAGACACACAGCAGCAUGUUGCUGAGAAAACAGGGUCAAAGGUUGAUUGAUGAGGCCCAAAUAUCUUUCCGUUAUCGGCACUGAACAUAAGGUAGGAGGCAAAAUGUCUGCUCUUGUAAAAAACUAAGAGAUCCAGCCUGUCGACACAUAAGAUUUAAAGCAGCACAAAUCUUAGCGACAUUUAACCUGUUAAACCUGAAACUUUUUGGCCUUACAGCAGGAGAAACAAGCUGUGACCCCAACAGUGGGAUAUUUUCACUUGGUAGAAAACAGCUGCUUAUUUACACAGCAACAUGAGCAAUUCUCAAUGCAAUGUUAAGUGUUUGUAGCCACGUUAAUAGGGAGAAAAUCCCACAUGUGCUACCACAACCUGAUGCUUACAGUCGACCUCCCUUUGGCUCCAUACAUUCCCAAGCCUUUGCAUCAUCCGUAUCCCACCACAGUGCUGACGUAAGAAGGAUUUAUUGUGGCUGCCCUUGGAAUGUGACAUGCUGAGUCCAGAGUGCUAGUUUAGUGGGAAAAAGAUCCCUGCUGUACAGAACAACACACACAUUAUCCACAGCAUGGGAACACACGUAUCCCCAUGUUUGUGUCCCCUUUAUAAGUUAGAACAAGAACUCGUUUUUCAAAAGCUGAAAAUGUGACGCUGUGCUGUGAAUGAGCCACACAUCACCCUCCUGUUCACCUGAACUGUCAGAGAAAUGAGAGAGAGAGUGGAGAGGGGGACAGAUGAUGAGUGGAGGUGGAGAGAAUCAUCUCAUUACACAGUAAUAAAUCUGUUGUCCACACUGAACCUGAUGUGACCUCUUGGCUUGUUCACAUGUAACCAAAUUUAUACGUUACAAAUUCUACAUCAUAAAGCAUUCAGUUCUUAAUUUUUCAUCCCAGACAUGAAGCACUUCAGGCCACAUUCUUCCUACAUUCAGUCAAAACAUGCUCAACUAAACACUGACUUCACCAAAGCCCGGUCAGACUGAUAAUCCACAAAGACAGCCGGCAGUACAAACACCACCACCCGUCCAUCACCGCCCUGACAGUGUAAUAAACCUAACAUCUGAGUGACACAUAACACACAUUCACACUGCCUGCUUAUAUCAGCCAGGAGGGCUGUGCUCAAGUCUGUAUGCAUUAGACGCACACACACUCAAACUUUCCAGAGGCCUUCAUCGUCAGAAGAGGCAGAGCUCUGAAUCACCAGCCCAGAGGAGGAGGAGAGCAGAGAGCAGCAACACGGUGCAGACGCCGAGCAUCAGUCAAAGAGAUAAGCACAGAUCAUACAAGCAAAGGCGAGGGAUACAUCACAUUCUUCUUCUGAGAUAGCGAUCACAAAGUCAAGCUGGCAGCAGACGAGACAAAAAGCCUGGAGGAGGGAGAGGCCAAUGUGGAGCAGGCCAACAGAGUACCUGACAGUCCAGCAGACAGGGAGUCCCCUGGGACACGCGGCAAGCUGGUGCGUGUUGAACUGGAGUGGGACAUCCCCAUGUCUGUGACGCUGCCCAUACAGGUGCAGCCUGACCCAGCACACCAGCCGUUCCCCUUCCUGGACACCACACUGGCCGACCUGGGCAUCCAAGAGUCAGAGGUGAAGGAGAGGGUGGUGUGGGUGGACACCAAGAAGACCCAGGUUAAGAACAAAGCAGGGAAGCUGAAGGAGAAAGAGAUCACCAUCCUUGAGGUGAGAGUGAAAGCUCAGAAGCCUGGAGACAAACAGCUCCAGGAGAUCCUGUACAGCACUGAGGCCCACACUGACCGCUCCUUCUGUCGCACAGGAAUGAACAUCCUGCCGUGGAAACACAGAUAUACAGGAGAGGAUGGGCUGACACCAGUGAAGAUGACUAUGGCGUUGGACAUGGAAAACCAGCAGCCUGACUUUACUGAGGCCCAGGGACAACGGGAGAUCUGAAGAGCAACAAAGAGUCAGCUAUCAUCCAAAACAGAGUGC